AUGGCAGACGUCGCUAGCUACGACUGGGCUGCUGACGAGCACGAAGACGUGUGGAAACCUCAUCUCGAGGUCAUGCAAGACCUCGGAGUGAACACGAUUCGUCUGUACUCGGUCGACCCCAGUGUGUCACACGACAAGUUCAUGUGCGCGUGUUCACAAGCAGGAAUCUACGUGUCUGUGGGCAUGGCUGCGCCUUGUGUAGGGUGCUCUGUGGCCGAUGUGGCCGCCCCCAAAUGCUACCCGGACGACAUGUUCACCCGCAUGCAAAUGGUGUACAACGCCUUCGCAGUUCUUCAAUCUACCACGCCGAUCACAAGCGACCAACAGGUUAUGAGCCCAACGGGUUCCGACGGCACCUCACAACAACAAAACCCGCGCGAUGUCCAAGAGACUGAUGUCCACGGGCUGAACGUGGCAGCAGACCCGUUUGAGUUGUUCGAGGGGACGCACUCUGAGUCAGGUGCGUCCGAUGCUCCAGGAAGGGGAAGCCGGAACUCUAGCGCAAGUUCUGAGCGGCUAGAUAAGCUUGAAGGUCUCAUUGAAGGCAUGGCCAAACAACAGGCCAAGUUUAUGGCUGACCAAGCGGAGCUUCAAAAGCAGCUGCAGCACCGCACGGACACGCCAUCCUUCGAACACAAGAUCUCUCGAUGCGUCGAUGAGGACGCCGACGCAGACGACGCCAGCUCCAGAGAUGCCGACGCCACCGACGGAGAACGCGACGAGUAUGCAACAGCGGAUGGCCGCACCAUGGCAGAGCAGUUUGUGCCGCCACCAAACUUAGGACUCAGAGAAACUGCGCGAAAGGACGUGGGCGGAGCACUUUCAGUACUUGAC